GCUCAGCAGUGGCGCGAAUUCUCAUCAUUGCCCGAGUAGCCAUCGGAGGGGAGAGGAGCUGGGAUGGAUCUGGUAGCCGCCGGGGAGGCUGGGUUGGCCGCUGCUCAGAAACAGCUCCGCGAUGAGGUGGCCGAGAAAUGCCAGAAGUUGUUUCAGGACUUUCUCGAACAAUUCCAGAAUAGCGAUGGAGAAGUUAAAUACUUGCAAGAUGCAGAAGAGCUGAUUCGUCCAGAGAGAAACACCUUAACUGUAAGUUUUGAAGAUCUGGAGCAAUUCAAUCAACAACUUGCUACCACAAUCCAAGAAGAGUUCUAUAGAGUGUACCCUUUCUUGUGUCGGGCUGUAAAAACAUUUGCCAAAGAUCACGGAAAUGUUCCUUCUAACAAAGAUUUUUAUGUGGCCUUCCAAGAUUUACCUACCAGGCACAAAAUUCGAGAAAUGACGUCAGCCCGCAUCGGAUCCCUCAUGCGUAUUAGUGGACAGGUAGUUCGCACCCACCCUGUUCACCCAGAGCUUGUCAGUGGAACUUUUCUCUGUCUGGAUUGCCAGACGGUGAUAAAAGACGUAGAGCAGCAGUUCAAGUACACACAGCCGAACAUCUGUAGAAACCCAGUCUGUGCCAAUAGGAAGCGAUUUCUUCUGGAUACAAACAGAUCCCGGUUUGUUGACUUCCAAAAGGUUCGCAUUCAAGAAACCCAGGCUGAAUUGCCUCGGGGGAGCAUUCCUCGCAGCGUCGAAGUCAUCUUGCGUGCUGAAGCUGUAGAGUCAGCGCAGGCUGGUGACAAGUGUGACUUCACAGGGUCUCUCAUUGUCGUGCCAGAUGUAUCUCAACUGUCUACCCCAGGUGUACGAGCAGAAACUGGUUCUCGUGUGACUGGAAAAGAAGGCUAUGAAACUGAAGGCAUCCGAGGUCUUCGGGCACUUGGAGUCAGAGAUUUGUCCUACAAAUUGGUCUUUCUAGCCUGUUACGUGGCCCCAACAAAUCCUAGGUUUGGAGGCAAAGAACUUCGAGAUGAGGAACAAACUGCAGAAAGCAUUAAAAAUCAGAUGUCUGUAAUGGAAUGGGAAAAAGUAUUUGAAAUGAGCCAAGAUAAAAACCUGUACCAUAACCUUUGUACGAGCCUCUUUCCCACCAUACAUGGUAAUGAUGAAGUAAAGCGAGGGAUUUUGCUCAUGCUAUUUGGUGGAGUUCCUAAGACAACAACAGAGGGCACUUCAUUACGUGGUGACAUCAAUGUUUGCAUAGUUGGUGAUCCAAGUACUUCCAAAAGCCAGUUUUUAAAGCACGUGGAAGAAUUCAGCCCCCGAGCCGUCUACACCAGUGGGAAGGCCUCAAGUGCGGCUGGUUUAACUGCCGCUGUGGUGAAAGACGAAGAGUCCUAUGAAUUCGUUAUUGAAGCUGGGGCGCUAAUGUUGGCAGAUAAUGGAGUCUGUUGCAUCGAUGAAUUUGACAAAAUGGAUAUGAGAGACCAAGUUGCCAUCCAUGAAGCAAUGGAACAGCAAACUAUAUCCAUUACCAAGGCUGGAGUUAAGGCCACUUUAAAUGCUAGGACAUCAAUUUUGGCAGCAGCAAAUCCAGUCGGUGGACGUUAUGAUAGAGCCAAGUCUUUGAAACAGAAUAUAAACUUAUCAGCCCCUAUCAUGUCUAGAUUUGAUCUCUUCUUUAUUCUUGUGGAUGAAUGCAAUGAGGUUACAGAUUAUGCAAUUGCAAGGCGCAUUGUGGAUCUUCAUUCUAGGAUAGAUGAAUCGAUUGAUCGUAUGUAUACGCUUGAUGACAUCCGAAGAUACCUUCUCUUUGCCAGGCAAUUUAAACCAAAGAUUUCUAAAGAGUCAGAGGAUUUUAUUGUCGAGCAUUAUAAGCGCUUACGCCAAAGGGAUGGUUCUGGUGUCACAAAAUCAUCGUGGAGAAUCACAGUACGACAACUGGAAAGCAUGAUACGAUUGUCGGAAGCCAUGGCACGGAUGCAUUGCAGUGAUGAGGUUCAUCCAAAACACGUGAAGGAAGCUUUCAGAUUAUUGAACAAAUCUAUCAUCCGAGUUGAAACUCCAGAUAUCAAUUUAGACCAAGAUGAAGAACAAUCAGUUGAAGAGCCUGAGGACCAGGAUGGAGUUGCAAGAGAGGAAGACAAUGUACUUACUAAUGGCUUAGUAAAUGGUACCAGUGACCUUGUAGAUGAUUCAAAUAAAGAUGUGGCACCAAAGGCUUCUCUGAGACUUAGUUUUCCUGAAUAUCAAAGAAUCUCUAACCUCAUUGUAAUGCAUCUAAGGAGAUCUGAAGAAGAAAAUGAUGAUGCUGCCUUAAAAAAGAGUGAGCUCAUCAACUGGUAUUUAAAGGAAAUUGAAUCUGAAAUAGACUCUGAAGAAGAACUCAUCAAUAAAAAGAAAGUAAUUGAAAGAGUAAUUCAUCGUCUUACGCACUAUGAUCACAUUCUAAUUGAACUCACACAUUCAGGAUUAAAAGAUUCUGUGGAAGUACAGAGCUUUGACGAAGAUCCCUUCCUUGUAGUUAAUCCUAACUACUUGCUGGAAGAUUAGAGACUGAGCGAGCAGUGCUACAAAAUCCAUUUCGUACCAGUGAGAUAAUAGCUCACUAGCUGAUACGCAUCAGUUGUAGAUAGCUGACUAAUCCGAGAUUUAUCUCGGAAUUCGCCUACCUUGCCUUUUUAUGUAAUCUUUUGUAGAGAUAAAAGGAGUUGUAAAACCUGGUAAAGGAAACCAUUUUUUUCAAAGCUGACAUCGCUUCUUCUGUAUUUUACAUUUAAAAGAUUGCAUGCAGUAGUUCAAUAGUGCCAUCUUACUCUGUAAAUCUCAUCUUAUUUGUGUCCAAUAAAUUUUAAAAAGUUCACUAUAUAUGCA